GUGUGUGUGUGUGUGUGUGUGUGUGUGUGUGUGUGUGUGUGUGUGUGUGUGUGUGUGUGUGUGUGUGUGUGUGUGUCAUGGCCUCUCCAGCCAGCUGUGAGGGGACUGCCCUGCGGGGGGAGGGGCUGUGUGUCCGCGCGCGUGUGUGACGGUGCGAGUGUGUGCACAUCUUCUGAGCAGUUUUUGCGCGAGCGCAGGAGGAAUGAGAAGGAGAGAGUGUGCGCGAGACUGCUGAGUGUGAGCAGCGCGAGAGCGAGCUUUUGUCGAGAGUCGCGCGAGUGCGUGUGUUUGUGUGUGUGUGUGUGUGUGUGUGUGUGUGUGUGUUUGUGUGUGUGUGUGUGUGUUUGUGUGUGUGUGUGUGUGUGUGUGUGUGUGUGUGUGUGUGUGUGUGUGUGUGUGUGUGUGUGUGUGUGUCGCGCGCAGUAGAACUUGUAGAGACAGGAGCAGGAAAUGGCAGAGCGCGCGGAGUCUGCUGUGUGAGCACCAUGUCUCAGUCUAUUUGCUGUACGCUGGUGAACUGUACCUGCGACAACUUCAGGCCUGGGAAGCUGAAACGUCGUCAGUGUGAGAGCUGCAGACACGGAUGGGUCGCUCACGCUCUGAGCAAGUUGAAGAUGCAGCACACGUAUGAUGGAGGCCAGGUGGAGAUCGUUCACUCCAACGUGGUGUUUGAUAUCUGCAGCCUGAUGCUGUACGGUACGCAGGCCGUCCCUGUGAGGCUGAAGAUUCUCCUCGAUCGACUGUUCAGCGUCCUGAAGCAGGACGAAGUCAUCAAGAUACUCAACGCUCUCGACUGGACACUGCAGGACUACAUACGGGGAUACGUCCUGCAGGAUGUAGCUGGUAAAGUGCUGGACCGCUGGGCCAUCAUGAGCUUUGAGGAGGAAAUUGCGACACUGCAGCAGUUCCUCCGCUUCGGAGAGACAAAGUCCAUCGUCGAGCUGAUGGCACUGCAGGACAAAGAAGGGCAGGCGAUCACGGUGCCAACAAUCAGAGCGAACUCGGACAUCCGUAGCUUCAUAGAGAGCAGCAUGCAGCGUCCAUCGGUGCCGCCCACGACGGAGCCUCUGAGCAGACACAAUGGCCACCACUUUGAGAGUUUGGUCAACAACAUGGCCUUCAUGCUGCCUCUGCAGUUGCUCAACUCCGUCCCUGCACCACUGCUCAGGUCCAGGUCGGAUUCCUGUCAGCAGGAGGUCGUGGCACGGCCAGAAAUUCUGGAUUCGAACCCUGAUCCCUCCACCAACUUUAACUCUGAUGCUGAAAGAGAAGAUGUUCCCAUGGAGAGAGCAAGCACUAACUUAGAGUCAGAUGAUUUCACACUGAGCGAUAACUAUUCUUCACCCUCGACACCUUGCACGCCCUCCAUCAGCUCCGAUAUCGCCCAAGCGUCGCCCGAGUCGAAAAUCCGUCCCGGCGUCGGGAUGAAGAAAGGCCGUGUUUUCUGCAGCGCUUGUGAAAAGACCUUUUAUGACAAAGGAACACUGAAGAUUCACUACAACGCCGUUCAUCUCAAGAUCAAGCACAAGUGCACUAUCGAGGGCUGCAACAUGGUCUUCAGCUCGUUGCGAAGCCGCAACCGUCACAGUGCCAACCCAAACCCGCGCCUGCACAUGCCCAUGAAUCGAAACAAUCGGGACCGGGAUGUGAGAGACGGACUAACAGCAGGGGAGGAGGCAGAAAAGCGGGACCUCAGCAGGCCUGUCUCCAGUUACAUGGGAAACUCGGAGCUCAAACUGCACAGCUCCUUUCCGAGCAUCAGCCACAGCGGCAUCGUCUUCCCUAACCUGAAGACUGUACAACCAGUGCUACCUUUCUACCGCAGCCUGGUGACACCUGCUGAGCUCGCCAACACACCCGGAAAUCUUCCCUCCCUGCCGCUAGUGUCCUCUUCAUCUGUGCCUGUAAGUAUCGGAGACAUGGAGAGCAACAAUGAGCCUGUGCCCAAGAAGAAAUCCCGCAAAUCCAGCAUGCCUAUAAAGAUAGAGAAGGAUGAGCUGGAAGAGCAUAGCAGCUCUAAUGAUGAUGACGAUGGUCCUCCAGCCAGUAUGGACUCUGUACUGGACUGUGUAAUAAAGACAGAAUGUGAUGAGCAUGGUGUUGUUCAUCCCACAAUCCAGCCCUCCCUCCUCACCCAUUCUUCCCAUACAGAAGAACCCCAAACGGAGGACAAACACCAAGCCCAUGGGUGCAGUCUCACACAAUCCCCGUCUUCCGUCAGCAACGUACAAAGAGACUUACUUGAUUUUGGUGAUCAAACCUGCAGCAAACACAUCGAUCCCAGAAGCACUGAUGAAGUGGCACUAAGCAGCGCCCCCUGUGGGUCUGAGGGCCGCACGGAUCGUGAUGGUGACCUUCAGAUCGUGUGUGCAGGUGAUGAAGAUGAGCUUCUCCAUAACUGCCAGAGUUGCAAUAAGAGCUUUAAAAACUCCUACAGUGCCAAAAUGCAUUACCGCAGUGUCCACCUGAAGGAAAUGCACAUGUGCACCGUAGCAGGCUGCAACGCCGCCUUCCCGUCGCGCAGGAGCAGAGACAGACACAGCGCUAACUUGAAUUUACACCACAAGCUGUUGACCAAAGAUCACUACAUCUUCACUCCAUCCUGCAGAGACGUCACCACCGAUUCUCACCCCGAAUUCCCUCCUAAAGAUACUUUGAGCCAUACAUCUGUUAUCUUCAAGGGCACAAACCGCAUGGGCCUCGUGUUUCCCAUGAGCAAAUCCUCUGAGAGCGUAGAGGAUCCGAUGGAGGACGAGGCUGUGUUGGACCUAAGCACCAGAGGAAGUGGUCACUCUUCUUCGUGGGACUCAGAUGUGGGCAGCGAGGAGGAGCUCCCGUUGGAGGACAGCGAUGAGAACGAGAGUUUUGAUGGGCUGAAUUCCAGUGUGGUGAGUCUCGGGCAGCAGGUCAACAGCUCGUCUUCACCCAUCACCUGCCACGUCUGCCAGAAGGUCUACAGCAACAAAGGCACGUUUAGAGCACACUACAAAACCGUACACCUUCGGCUACUGCACAAGUGCAAGGUCCCGGGAUGUGACACUACCUUCUCCUCCGUCAGGAGCCGCAAUCGACACAGUCAGAACCCGAAUUUACAUCGGAACCUUCCGGCAAACAGCGCCGCCGUCGGUCAGGAGCAGUGAUACACACGGAUGGUGAAAUAAUAGUGAGCACUUGUGCGUAAGUGUUAAAGCACAGGCCUUCACACCGACGAACUGGUUUACCUUCCGUUUAAGUUCGAGUGAAUUAAAUAUAUAUAUAAUGUGAAUAUGUUCUGUAUCACGGAACAAACGUUACGACGGAAUUAUUAACACUGGGCAACUUUAUGGAGAUAUUUACUGCGGUUCGAGCCUUUAGACACGACACUACGGGGAGACGGACGGCAGGUCCCACAUACACUAAGUCUCAUGUUAGCACCACAUCUCAGAGGCUCAGGCUGGCUGCAAUGUUUCACUUGCUCUUAUCUUAUUUAUUCUCUUACAGUUUUAUUUCAUACAAAAAAUGACUUCCAGCUCAAACGAACAGACUUUACAGAUAUUUGUCGUGUUUUUUUUAUUAAAUCAACCUUUUUAAUCUGA